AAUAUUUUGAUACAAGAAAAUACGACCAAUUUUCUUAGCUAAAUUCGAAUUUACCCUAGAUUUGCUUUAAAACGUCUCGAGAACGUUGAGAAUACAAUGUUGAAAAAACUCGUCCGCACCACAGUUCCAAAACCGCCAUUAGCAUAGUAUAGCUGCUUGUUUACCCCCUUAAGUGAAGGUAAAUGUCAGUCUUAACAAAAACAUUGUGUGCGACAAAUAUUUUUGACAAUGUAGCUGAAGUGUGGGUAGUGCUUAAGAUAACUAUACAUAAAUAUAUCUAUAAAUAAAGAAUACUUAAUUCAUUUAAAAUUAAUAAAUUAAGAUAAUGUGUCCCCUAGUUUUUCUACAUUCACUCACAUUGCCUUCUCGCGCUAGCUCUUUAAUAACAUCGGUUCAAAGUUCCCAAUAGAGUAACAGGUCUUCCCCUCUAUUCGUCUGUUAUGUUAAGUUUUACAAUAAAUAUUUGUGGCGACGUUCGUAGCCGUGUUUCUACUCGACAUCAUUUCCUCGACACGCAUAAAAAGGUUAAGCUGUUCUGACAGUAUGUGUCUCAUAUAAAUUAUCAUCCGUUACAGCUGCUGAGCAAUUCAUAGCAAACUUAACAAAGGACCCUGGUACUUUGAAAUUGCGACAGUAGCAGUCGGCAAUUUGCAAUGUAAAUUAAUUGUACUUCAUACAAAUAAAAUCGUUAUGGCUAUACGGACCCGUAAUACUAAAACGUAUCCGUGAUUCAAUGUUUUUCCGUGGAGCGGAGAAAAGAAUUAGGUUUUAGUUAUAUAUAUAUAUAUAGAUAUCUUUUCUCUAAUCUUAUAUACUCGGCAAGUAUCACAUCCAGCGUUACGUUUCGGACAAAUUUUUAGAAUGACCCCCAGCGAUAAAACAUAUACAUGUUAAAAAAAAGAUUAGUAUAAAUCUAUUCGUUUUUUUUUUAACUAUUACUUUGUUUAAUGGUUAGCAUUAUCAAAUGACUGACUAAUAAGUAAUAAAGAAUAAUUAUAUUAUAUCAAAUUAAAUGAUAUUUCAACACCUAUUAUAAAAAAAAAAUGAUUGCAGAAAUAAUUACAAAAUAUACAGCUAACAAUUAUUAAGAAACAUAUUUUCAAAAAUUAAGUGUUAUAAUAUAAAGCUUUAUGUUACAUAUAGUAAUUAGUGUACAACGCAAUUGUACUGUAUUUAAUAAAGUUUUAUUUUAUUGUUUAAAUGCGAAAUUCAAAUCAUACAUUGACGUUGAUCUAAUCAACCCAACGAUUCAUUUAAAAUCUUAAUGGAUAAUACAUUUUUCAAAAUUUACCAUAUUUUUCCUUUCCAUCUACCUUCAAUCCAGUACUGCGGACUUUGGCAAACUUCCGGUGUUGGAUUAGGUUUUCCAGUUACAUUCUACUACCUCAUUAUGUCAAAUACCGCGACCUUGUUCCGUUACCCUAGAUUAAUAAAAUUAAUAGUAAUGACUAUCAUAAUAAUCAACACUCGUAUUAAAUCCUUCAUUAAUUAAUGGUUAAACAGAAACCAUGAUAGUAUAAUUAUUAUGCUUAUCAAAUCACUUUAUAGACCUUUUACCAAACUCUCAAGUACUGUCAUGUGUAUAAAAUGAAAACAAAAAAGUUAAUAUUUAAUACUCUUAUAGUAAUACUACUUUGUACACAGCACAAGUCUUACUAGCUGUAUCCGAAACGAUGUCUGGCUAUCACAAAAUAAUGUCCAUUCAAUGCAUUUUAUUGCUAUGCUUAAUAUCGCGUUUAACUAAAGCAGCUGUCGUGGAAAACCAGAAUAUUGUAUCAGUGAAUACCGUAUGUUUUGGUGAAAUGGGAUGUCUGGACUUCAAACCUAAGCCACACGUGAAACCUAACGACAAAUUACAAGAGUUCGUCCUUUAUACCAGGAAGCAUUUCAUAAAGGGUCAGAUACUGAAAGUUAACUCUAGUGAAACAAUAAAAAACUCAAAUUUUAACCCAAAAAAUCCUACAAAGUUCCUCAUUCACGGUUGGCGUUCCGAAUCAGAUAGCCGGCGAAGAUGGAUGCUGACGAUGAAAAAUCAAUUGUUAAUAAAUUCUGACUCUAAUGUUAUAUUAGUACAAUGGCUCAGUGACAUUGACUACCUUCUCGCGAUAGAAAGACUCAAACGAGUGGGAUGGGAAACCGGAAAUUUAAUCAACUAUUUACGGGGCCUCGUGGGACUAGAUCCACAAAAUGUCCAUCUGAUAGGACACAGUUUAGGAGCACAUGCAGCAGGUUAUGCUGGUAAACACUUACAAGGGCUAGUAGGCCGCAUCACAGGGCUCGACCCGGCCGGACCGGGGUUCGAAGAAAUGACUUCUAAACACAGGCUUUAUCAUACGGAUGCACAACUGGUAGACGUCAUACACACGGAUGCACACAUUUUGGGAUUUGGUAUAACAAUUCCGUGUGGCCACGUCGACUUCUAUCCGAACGGCGGUACAAAGCAACCGGGUUGUAUUCAGUUUAACGAUGGUAUUAGGAGACAAGAAAAUGAGUUCCUUUGUGACCACAAAAGAGCCCAAUACCUGUUCAUUGAAUCUAUUAACUCAAAAUGCUCGUUCGUUGCAAACAAAUGCGAUUCAUAUAAGAAAUUCCUACAAGGUACUUGUGAUUCGAACAAUGUAACAGAUAUUACCAUAAUGGGUUUGAAAACAAGAAAACCUUCUUAUCCUCCCGGCACAAAAUACUUUUUAACCACGGCAGAUGCCUCACCGUAUUGCAGACAGAAAUAUAAAGUCCCAUUGAAUUUAACUAAACCCUUAGAAUUUGGCCAAAAGAACAGCGGUUUACUUAACAUUUCAGAUUCUCCACCAAAUGGCGUACCAGCCUUUUGAUCAGCUUUCCUGUCGAUCAAAGGGAAACGACGGAGUCCUAUGGUUAUAUAUAUAUAGGAUCAUAUAUAUCUAAUAUGGUUGUAGAUAUGAUACAAAACUUUUCUUUAUUAACAUAAGUAGAAAAAAUAUUGUAAAUAUAGUAGUGUGUAAUAAAGUAUUUGAUACAGUUUGUCACCCAUAUUUAU